AAGGUGGAAUGUUGGUUGUGCAACUGCAGAAAAAAGUAGAUGAGCUUAAGAAGGUCAACAUGGAGAUGGAAGUCAACAUGCAGAAGAUGAGAGCUCAACUCGAGAAGAUCACCAUGGAAACUGAAAUCAAAGACCAGCAAAUCAACAUAUUAAAGUCUCAGGUGGAUGGCACCAAAUCUCAGGUGAAAGUCAUUGAGGAGGAACUGCUGAAGAAAUCUCAGAUGUCCCACGAGCUUCAGAUCAAACUGAGGGACUACAAUGAGGAGGUGAAGAGAACAGCUGAACUCCAGCAGAAAAACAAAGCUAUCAGCUUGAACCUCAACAACUACGAGAAGGAAAUCAUGAAUCUGAAGUCUGAGCUUAGCUCUGUUGGCACUGAGAGGAAUUUGGCCAAUAAGACAGUCCAAGAGCAAAAGGGUGAAGUGAAUGAUCUGAACAUCAAACUGAAGAAGGCAAUGGGAGAGCUGCAGAAUGAGUCAAAUGAGGGCCAGAGGUAUCUGGCUAAAGUAAAGGCAUUGGAGGGGGAGCUUUUGCAAUGCAAGCAGAGUAUGAAAGGAAUCACUGGAAAUUCUGAAAUAAUGAUAGCAAAUAUGAAGCAGGAAAUAAUUGCCCUUCAAAGAGACAAGACAAUGGCUGACCAUAAACUGGUUACCUUGAAAGCAGAACUCGAGGAAAUGAGGUCUGCCCUGAGAAUCACAAAAGAUGAAUUAAUUAAAGUAACCCAGGAAGGAAAAAUUAGCCAGUCUAAAGUCAAAGAGUUUGAGGCAGAUCUUCAGAAGAGUAGAUUGACAAUAAAAGAAAUGACUGCCAGCUCUGACAAAUCCUCAUCAAGUUUCAAACAGGAAAUCAUUGUCCUUCAGAGGGAGAGAAGUGCAGCCCAAGAGAAAACCAUCUUGUUGGGGUCUGAUCUCACCUUGCUCAAGGGAAAGCUGGAACAAGCCCAAAAGGAGGUCAAACAAAAGCAAACGGAAAGUUCAGCCCUGCAGCUGAGGUCGCAGAUGCUGGAAGACCAACUUGAGAAUUGUAAGCGGAUGGUGGAGGAAAUGACAGUGAAUAUGAAGCAUGAAACUAGUGCCCUUCAAAAGGACAAGACAAUGGCUCACCAAAAACUGGUUACCUUGGAAGCAGAACUUGAAGAUAUGAGUUCUGCCCUGAGAAGAACAAAAGAUGAAUUAAUUCAAGUGACCCAGGAAGGGAAAAUCAGCCAGUCUAAAGUCGAAGCGUUUGAGGCAGAUCUUCAGAAGAGUAGGUUGAUAAUGAAAGACAUCACUGCCAGCUCUGACAAAUCCUCAUCAACUUUCAAACAGGAAAUCACUGUUCUUCAGAGGGAGAGAAGCACAGCCCAAGAGAAAAUCCUUUCGUUGGAAUUUGACCUCACCAUGCUCAAGGCAAAGUUUGAACAAUCCCAAGAGGAGGUCAAGCGAAAGCAAACGGAAAGUUCAGCCCUGCUGCUGAAGUCUCAGAAGCUGGAAGACCAACUUAAGAACUGCAAGAGGAUGCUGGAGGAAAUUACAGUGAAUAUGAAGCAGGAAACUAGUGCCCUUCAAAAAGAAAAGACAAUAGCUGAACAGAAAGUGGUUACCUUGGAAGCAGAACUUGAGGAGUUGAAUUCUGCCCUGAGAAGAACAAACUAUGAAUUAAUUAAUGUGACCCAGGACGGGAAAAUCAGCCAGUCUAAAGUCAAAGAGUUUGAGGCAGAUCUUCAGAAGAGUAGGUUGAAAAUGAAAGAAAUCAUUGCCGACUCUGACAAAUCCUCUUCAAGUUUCAAACAGGAAGUCACUGUCCUUCAGAGGGAGAGAAUCGCAGCCCAAGAGAAAACCCUUUCGUUGGUGUCUGAUCUCACAAUGCUCAAGGGAAAGCUGGAAGAAGCCCAACAGGAGAGUAAGCAAAAGCAAACGGAAAGUUCAGCCCUGCUGCUGAAGUCCCAGAAACUGGAAGACCAGCUUGAGAAGUGUCAGCGGAUGCUGGAGGAAAAUACAGUGAAUAUGAAGCAGGAAACUAGUGCCCUUCAAAAGGACAAGGCAAUGGCUGACCAAAAACGGGUUACCUUGGAAGCAGGACUCGAGGAGAGGAAUUCUGCCCUGAGAAGAACGAAAGAUGAAUUAAUUAAAGUGACCCAGGAAGGGAAAAUCAGCCUGUCUAAAGUAAAAAAGUUUGAGGCCGAUCUUCAAAAGAGUAUGCUGACAAUAAAAGAAAUCACCGCCAGCUCUGACAAAUCCUCUUCAAGUUUCAAACAGGAAAUCAAUGUUCUUCAGAGGGAGAGAAGCGCAGCCCAAGAGAAAACCCUUUCAUUGGCGUCUGAUCUCACCAUGCUCAAGGGAAAGCUGGAAGAAGCCCAACAGGAGGUCAAGCAAAAGCAAAUGGAAAGUUCAGCCCUGCUGCUGAAGUCCCAGAAACUGGAAGACCAACUUGAGAACUGUCAGCGGAUGCUGGAGGAAAAUACAGUGAAUAUGAAGCUGGAAACUAGUGCCCUUCAACAGGACAAGACAAUGGCUCACCAAAAACUGGUUUCUUUGGGAGCAGAACUCAAGGAGAUGAGUUCUGCCCUGAAAAGAACAAAAGAUGAAUUAAUUAAAGUGACCCAAGAAGGGAAAAUCAGCCAGUCUAAAGUCAAAGAUUUUGAGGCAGAUCUUCAGAAGAGUAGGUUGAAAAUUAAAGAAAUCACUGCCAGCUCUGACAAAUCCUCAUUAACUUUCAAACAGGAAAUCAUUGUCCUUCAGAGGGAGAGAAGCACAGCCCAAGAGAAAACCCUUUCGUUGGUGUCUGAUCUCACCAUGCUCAAGGGAAAGCUGGAAGAAGCCCAACAGGAGAGCAAGCAAAAGCAAAUGGAAAGUUCAGCCCUGCUGCUGAAGUCCCAGAAACUGGAAGACCAGCUUGAGAACUGUCAGCGGAUGCUGGAGGAAAAGACAGUGAAUAUGAAGCAGGAAACUAGUGCCCUUCAAAAGGACAAGACAAUGGCUCACCAAAAACUUGUUUCUUUGGGAGCAGAACUCAAGGAGAUGAGUUCUGCCCUGAGAAGAACAAAAGAUGAAUUAACUAAAGUGACCCAGGAAGGGAAAAUCAGCCAGUCUAAAGUCAAAGAGUUCGAGGCAGAUCUUCAGAAGAGUAGGUUGAAAAUGAAAGAAAUCACUGCCAGCUCUGACAAAUCCUCAUCAAAUUUCAAACAGGAAAUCAAUGUUCUUCAGAGGGAGAGAAGCGCAGCCCAAGAGAAAACCAUUUCAUUGGCAUCUGACCUCACCAUGCUCAAAGGAAAGCUGGAAGAAGCCGAAGAGGAGGUAAAGCGAAAGCAAACGGAAAGUUCAGCACUCCAGCUGAGAUCCCAGAAGCUGGAAGAUCAACUUGAGAACUGUCAGCGGAUGCUGGAGGAAAAGACACUGAAUGUGAAGCAGGAAACUAGUGCCCUUCAACAGGACAAGACAAUGGCUCACCAAAAACUGGUUUCUUUGGGAGCAGAACUCAAGGAGAUGAGUUCUGCCCUGAGAAGAACAAAAGAUGAAUUAAUGAAAGUGACCCAGGAAGGGAAAUUCAGCCAGUCUAAAGUCAAAGAUUUUGAGGCAGAUCUUCAGAAGAGUAGGUUGAAAAUUAAAGAAAUCACUGCCAGCUCUGACAAAUCCUCAUUAACUUUCAAACAGGAAAUCAUUGUUCUUCAGAGGGAGAGAAGUGCAGCCCAAGAGAAAACCCUUUCGUUGGUGUCUGAUCUCACCAUGCUCAAGGGAAAGCUGGAAGAAGCCCAACAGGAGGUCAAGCAAAAGCAAAUGGAAAGUUCAGCCCUGCUGCUGAAGUCCCAGAAACUGGAAGACCAACUUGAGAACUGUCAGCGGAUGCUGGAGGAAAAUACAGUGAAUAUGAAGCUGGAAACUAGUGCCCUUCAACAGGACAAGACAAUGGCUCACCAAAAACUUGUUUCUUUGGGAGCAGAACUCAAGGAGAUGAGUUCUGCCCUGAAAAGAACAAAAGAUGAAUUAAUUAAAGUGACCCAGGAAGGGAAAAUCAGCCAGUCUAAAGUCAAAGAUUUUGAGGCAGAUCUUCAGAAGAGUAGGUUGAAAAUUAAAGAAAUCACUGCCAGCUCUGACAAAUCCUCAUCAAGUUUCAAACAAGAAAUCACUGUCCUUCAGAGGGAGAGAAGCGCAGCCCAAGAGAAAACCCUUUCGUUGGUGUCUGAUCUCACCAUGCUCAAGGGAAAGCUGGAUCAAGCCCAAAAGGAGGUCAAGCAAAAGCAAACGGAAAGUUUAGCGCUGCAGCUGAGGUCGCAGAUGCUGGAAGACCAACUUGAGAAUUGUAAGCGGAUGCUGGAGGAUAAUACUCUGAAUGUAAAGCAGGAAACUAGUGCCCUUCAAAAGCACCAGUCAGUAGCUGACCAAAAACUGGUUACCUUGGAAGCAGAACUCGAAGAAAGGAAUUCUGCCCUGAGAAGAACAAAAGAUGAAUUAAUUAAAGUGACCCAUGAAGGGAAAAUCAGCCAGUCUAAAGUCAAAGAGUUUGAGGCAGAUCUUCAGAAGAGUAGGUUGACAAUGAAAGAAAUCACUGCCAGCUCUGACAAAUCCUCAUCAAGUUUCAAACAGGAAAUCAAUGUCCUCCAGAGGGAGAGAUGUAUAGCCCAAGAGAAAAUCCUUUCAUUGGCAUCUGACCUCACCAUGCUCAAGGGAAAGCUGAAAGAAGCCGAAGAGGAGGUAAAGCGAAAGCAAACGGAAUGUUCUGCCCUGCAUCUGAAGUCCCAGAAGCUGGAAGACCAACUUGAGAACUGUCAGCGGAUGCUGGAGGAAAAGACAGUGAAUAUAAAGCAGGAAACCCGUGCCCUUCAACAGGACAAGAUAAUUUCCCACCAAAAAUUGGUUGCUUUGGAAGCAGAACUUGUGGAGAUGAGUUCUGCCCUGAGAAGAACAAAAGAUGAAUUAAUUAAAGUGACCCAGGAAGGGAAAAUAAGCCAGUCUAAAGUCAAAGAGUUCGAGGCCGAUCUUCAGAAGAGUAGAAUGAAAAUGAAAGAAAUCACUGCCAGCUCUGACAAAUCCUCAUCAACUGUCAAACAGGAAAUCACUGUCCUUCAGAGGGAGAGAAGCGCAGCCCAAGAGAAAACCCUUUCAUUGGCAUCUGAUCUCACCAUGCUCAAGGGAAAGCUGGAUCAAGCCCAAAAGGAAGUAAAGCUAAAGCAAACAGAAAGUUCAGCGCUGCAGCUGAAGUCCCAGAAGCUGGAAGACGAACUUGAGAACUGUCAGCAGAUGCUGCAGGAAAUGACAGUGAAUAUGAAGCAGGAAACUAGUGCCCUUCAACAGGACAAGACAAUGGCUGACCAAAAACUUGUUACCUUGGAAGCAGAACUCGAAGAGACGAAUUCUGCCCUGAGAAGAACAAAAGAUGAAUUGAUUAAAGUGACCCAGGAAGGGAAAAUAAGCCAGUCUAAAGUCAAAGAGUUUGAGGCAGAUAUUCAGAAGAGUAGGUUGAAAAUAAAAGAAAUCACCGCCAGCUCUGACAAAUCUUCAUCAAGUUUCAAACAGGAAAUCAAUGUCCUUCAGAGGGAGAGAAGUGUAGCCAAAGAGAAAUCCCUUUCGUUGGCAUCUGACCUCACCAUUCUCAAGGGAAAGCUGGAUGAAGCCCAAAAGGAGGUCAAGCGAAAACAAACAGAAAGUUCAGCCCUGCUGCUGAAGUCCCAGAAGCUGGAAGACCAACUUGUGAACUGCAAGGGGAUGCUGGAGGACUUGAAAAGCAAACUUGAUCUGCAAAAACAGGGAUAUGAGAGACAGCUGCAGUUAGUACAGGUGGAAAUGAGUCAAAUGCAUGCAUUACAGGAGUCUAAUAUCAAACUGGAAUUGGAGCAGAAACCCAGAGAACAUUCACACAGUACAGAAUUAGCAGAGAAAAACACCAAGUUUUUCCAGCAAGAAAUUACACAGUUGAAAACAUUAAAUGAGAGCACUUUAAAGUUAAAGCAGGAUGAUCUACAACAAAUGAAUGAGCUACGUAUUAAAAUGGAUCAAUUGAAAAAUGAGAGAACUACUAUUAGCCAUGACCUGAUGAAAGCAAAAUCUCAAAUUGCUCAAUUAGACAGAGAGAAAAUGCAACAUAACUCUAGCAUUACUCAGCUGGAAAACAUUCAUAAGGAAAACUCUAAAGAGGUCACAAAGCUCAAACGCAUGUUGACAGACAGUGAGCAGAAACUAAGAGUAAAGGAAAAGGAAGCAAGAUCCCUCAAUGAGCAGGUUGUUUCCUAUGCUAAGGAAGUCAGAGGUCUUCAAGAAAAAGUCUUGAAGCUGGAGGUCACGAUUAAGACUGAACAUAGGACUGUAAAGGAAGUGGAGACUACAAGUCAAACCAAAACAUUCAAUGAGAGCACUUUGAAAUUAAAGCAGGAAGCUCAACAAGAAUUAGACAAGGUUUGUAUUAAAAUGGAGCAAGUGCAAAAUGAGAGAACCACUAUUAGCCAUGACCUGCUGAAAGCAAAAUCUCAAAUUGCUCAAUUAGAUAGAGAGAAAAUGCAACUUAACUCUAGCAUUACUCAGCUGCAAAACAUUCAUAAGGAAAAUUCAAAAGAGAUCACAAAGCUCAAACAAAUGUUGACAGACAGUGAGCAGAAACUAGGAAUAAAGGAAAAGGAAGCAAGAUCCCUCAACGAGCAGGUUGUUUCCUAUGCUAAGGAGGUCAGAGGUCUUCAGGAAAAGGUCUUGAAGCUGGAGGUCACGAUUAAGACUGAACGUAGGACUCUAAAGGAAGUGGAGACUACAAGUCAUACCAAUCAUAAGUGUGACAAAGGCAAUGAGGUCACCAAACUGAAGACUGAGCUUUUGUUAACACAGAAAAUGGUGUCAUCAUAUGAAGAGGCAAACCGCAAUCUGGAGGAGGAGCUUAUCAAAAUAAAAGUGUCCUCAGAGAUAGCAACAGCGGAGAAAGACAAAGUACUGGAAAAACUGCAAAGAGUGAAGAGAGGCAAAAUGGAAAUAGUCAGCAAUCAAAGCAGUUUACAGAAUCAAACAAUUUCGAAAACAAAUGAUUCUACUGUGCAGACUACAACAGUCCAGCAAAAACAGUCUCAGAAUUUGAUUGCUAAGAACCAAAGUCAAAAAACGGAAGUGAUGGCAAUAACAAAACAGUUAGUGUCUCUGGAUGGUCAGGCAGGGAAAAGUCCAAGUGUUAUAAGCACCACUAACACAAGCUCAUAUAAUGUCAAAGACAUGUCAUCCAAAGCAUCUCAUUUAGCCUCUAUGUCAAAAGACAGUAGUUUGAAGCAGAGUGAGACAACAACCCUUCCUUUUUCCCCAAAGCUCCAAGGACACAGAGGCAGUAUCAGUAUCAGGAAGUUGAUCAAAACCAAGUUUUUGGAUAGAGAAAUCUUGCAGAAAUUAGAAACUGGCCUUGUCACAUUAGAAGAAGUCCAAGCAUCACUCGUUCAGUUCAUCAGCAAACCCACUGCUAUUGCCGGAAUCUACUUGGAGUCAAGCAAGAAAAAGAUAUCCUUCUUGGAGGCUGCAGAGAAAGGCCUUUUAGCUAAGACAUAUGCUAUUGAGUAUAUGGAGGUACAGGCUGCAACUGGCUGUGUUAUAGAUCCUUUAACUGGACAAACCCUCUCGGUUCAAGCUGCUCUGGAGAACGGCAUUGUUGGGUUAGAUCUGAAAGACAAACUGAUGGAUGCUGAAAAAGCAGUCACUGGUUAUGUCCAUGGCAGUAAAACAUUGUCUGUAUUUCAGGCCAUGGAGGAAAGGAUUGUUGACAGGCUCAAAGGAAAGAAGAUCAUUGAGGCCCAGAUAGCCACUGGAGGAUUAGUUCACCCAGUGAUUGGUGUUAGGGUGCCCCUUAACAUGGCUGUUGAUCAGGGUCUCUUGAACAAAGCUACCUUACAGAGUCUGUAUGACCCAGUCAGCAACCCCAAAGGCUUCCACAAACCUGAUUCAGGACAGAAGGCCUACUACUGUGAACUACUGAAAACUUGUUUGUAUGACACAGAUGGUGGUGUCUAUCUCCUGCCUUUUGGUGAGAAGGAUCUCUCCAGUUUCUCCUUCUCCAGUUGUCACAGAGUAUCAGUCAUCAACAGUGCUUCUGGUAUGGAAAUGUCCACAUACCAAGCCUUUAAGGGCAAACACAUCGAUAAGUUGACCUACCUGUUUCUGUCUCAGCAGGACAGUGAAUGGCAGGAAAAGUCCACUGUUGAUGUCAACGAAAGCCCUUUACACGUCAUCACAGAUCUCAAAAGUGGACGGCAGCUUUGCAUCGAAACUGCCUUAGAUCUAAAGUUCCUUGAAAUGACAGAACUGGUAAGUUAUCGGAGUGGGCUCAUCAGCGUCUACGAGCUGGCAGACCUUAUCCUUUCAAGAAUGGUAGUUGUUCCGGACGCUAACAGCCCGUUGGCUGGUCUGUGGGAUGUCACUCAAAAGAGAAGGGUGACCAUUCUCCAGGGACAUCAGCAGAGCCUUAUCGAUAGACUCACUGCAGUGAGGCUGCUGGAGGCCCAGGCAUGCACCGGGGGCAUCUGUGACCCUGCUUCUGGGGAGAAAGCCACAGUCACCGAAGCUUUGCGUAGAGGUCUCCUAGAUGAGACGUUUGCCCGCCAGCUCCAACAGUGUGAGCAAGCCUACUAUGGCAUCAUCCAUCCCCAGACAGCAAAGACCUUGAGUGUAGCUCAGGCCAUUCAGGAGAACCUGUUCCCCAAAGAUGUGGGCCUUCGAUGCCUGGAAUUCCAGCUCCUGACUGGAGGACUGAUCAACCCAGAGACUCAUGAAAGAAUCUCACUGGAUGAGGCUGUUCAGAGUUUCCUGGUUGACAAAGCCACUGCCUCAUUCCUGAAAGAUGAGAAGUCUUCCCCAAAAAGCCUCACCUGCCCAAAGACGAAGAGGAAAAUCUCAUUCAUGGAGGCCCUGGAAAAGGGUGUUUAUGACGGCCACACUGGGCUCAGGCUACUGGAGACGACAAAGGUUCUUAGUGUUGGGGCUAAGUCGUCUUUCCAAUAUGUAUGGACCUAUCAUCACAUUUGAGUGACCAGUAUUUGGUUCUCCAUGGCUUGUAAAUAGGGAAAACAGAAUAUCUGAUUGACACAACAAAGGCUGACUCAAUCAAGUUCUUGGACUGAAAUGUUCUACACUUAAAAUAAUAAAUAAUUCAUUAUGUGUGAAUUUGAUUUGACUUGGAAUUAUAUGAAUGUUAAUUAAAUUAUGAAUAUGGAGUUCAUUAAAUCAGGGAUGAAUUAUGCUUUUAGCAUGAUGUGUAAAGUCAAUGAUGAACAAUUACAGUUUUUUUUAUCGCUAACUGUCAUAACAUGUAAACAUCAUGAUCCACAUGGCAAUAAACUUCAUAAAUCAAACACGGAUUUGUAUGUUGCAAGUUUAAACUGUUCAUUGUCCAAGUAGAGGUCAGAAAUAUGGCUGGGGGUCUACUUAGAGGUUUAUCUGUUGUUGAAUGUCUGCAUAACCCCAUUUCCUGAUUUAAAAACUCUGAUCCUAACCGCCUUUUUGAAAUUCUUUCCUCAAAUCCUAGAGAUCUGUUGAUGAGGAGAAGAAAGAGCAUGGUGAUAAAGUUAGCAAGCUGUUAGGUUGGAUGUCCAGUGUGAAACCUGGCCAGAACAGAGAUGGUAAAGCCAGCACAGAGGCCUCUAGAAAGCCCCAGGUAAAUACUGUGU